CAGGACGCCUUCACAUUAGGGAAACAAUCACGGGGUUAACACAGUGGAGUUUUGAGAAGAAUCCGUGGAACAAGAGCUCGUUUGUAAUCUCAUUGGAAACAAACGAUGUUUGACUCCAAUGCACUUUCCUGGCGAGCGUCUAGCCAGCUAGCCAGUUUAUAAUCUUUCUCGCCAUUGAGAGAGGCAAGGGAGACAGAAGGGGUUAGAAGGGAGACUGUGAUGAUCAAAGUUCGAGGCAGUAUCAAAGUCAGAACGCAAGGAACUAAAAGGGACGUUUUAGAGGGAUCAACUAUAUUUUUAUUAUAUUAGAUAUCAAGGGACAAGAGAAACUUGAGUUUUUGGCUCCAAAGUUUUGAGUUGUUUGUGUCUGCUGAUUCACAAUUUCGGGGAGAUCUGAGGACAAGAUGUGAAGCAUCCACAACCAUGUGUGUUUUGUGUUUCAUGGUAAGAAAGAUCAUUUAAUUCCUUUAUUAUACCUGGAACGUUGUGUACAUUACUAUAGCACGAUCACCGACAUUGUCGAUAUGAUCUGCUGUGUAUUGUUUUCAAAACAUGCGAUUUAAGUUUAUUUGAUUCAACAGAAUUUGACUCAAGACAAGCAUCUUGCGCCCCUCUUUUGUUUACAAUGGGGGUCGUCUUGCAUGUGCAUGAUACUUUCACUCGGGCACGGCAGAACUUUAAACGGCAUUUAAACGUUGCAUUAAAUGUUGUAGAAAUGCCUCAUUCAAAUUGUCACCAGUCUGUACAAUUGUAUGCACAAACGGUCUGACCUGUUUCCAUUGGCAGGAACUCAACUUUUAUGUUUCAACUUUGAAACACAAUAACCUCUGGAUUAGACAACAUACUAUCUCCCUAUCUUUAAUAUAUAAACUAUUGCCUGAUAUGGAUGUUAUACCUUCUAAAAAGAACUAACUCAACACAUAUUUUAGCAUUCUUCUUAUUUUUAGCAUUCUUAUAUGUAGCCUAUUAUGCAGAGAAGUAUUUAUUUAAUCAGUAGCUAAUUUUAGCAAAGAAGAGGAUUCAUUUCAUCCGUCUCUGCUUCCUACACUGACAUCUGUUUCUGGCUGAGGUAUCAUGCCACUCUGAAAAUAGCAACAAACAGGACAUUUCUAACACUCUGAAGGUAAGUCUGGAUAUUAAAUGUGACUCAUAAACUCGCUGGCAAAUUGCAAGACGUAAGUGAUAAAGGGCCAAGAUUUUAGAGCCUCAACAUUGUUCCUGCUUUUAUGCAUUCAACACAAGAACACUGAAGUGCCUUCCACUUGCAGAGGACUAGAGCUACUUUUAGAGUUGUGCAACCCUUGCUCUGCAGCUCACUUUCAAAUAAAAGGGGGUGGUGGGUGAUAUCCAGAUGGCUAAUCACAAACUGAAGAUGUGCUGUAACGGUUGUUUUUAGCGCCUAAGCUAGAGGCAUACCCAGUGCUUUAGUACUGUUACAAUAUGGACAUGUUAGUCAUAUAUUAUGUCUUUCAGGUGGUGUCAUUUCCACUUUCUGUCUGAUGUCAUGAAGAUGGGACGCUGCAGUGCGGAGAGCGAAGCCGGCGCCGGCGGCUGAUAGGCCCUCCACUGGCCAAUCAGGAUGCACCUUGCUUCAGUGGGCUCCAGCAAGCUGUGCUUUCUGUUGUCACUGGCAUUCUGCGGCUUCCUGCUGCUUCUCAUCCCAGCCUUUCAGCCCACUCCUCACCAGGUGGACCUGCCCCCGCCUCGUCCUCACCCCAGGCCUGCCCGUGUGGGCAAACGGCCUGCCAACACCCCCCGCAAUCCUGGAGGUCUGGUAGUCCCUCUCCAGGAAGAAGGGCUGGCCCUUGGGAAUAAUGUGAGCUCUGUGGGGCAGGGAAGACCCAGAGACACUCAAACCAACAGGGAGGGUGGCCAUGCACCUAUAACAGGGCAAAGGGAUCUCCCGAACACAAGGAGGGGGACAGUCUCACAUAGAGGCCCAGCGGAGGGCUCCCUACCUGGGGUGAGGGGAGUAGUUUUCAGGUCUAGGGAACCUCUGGAGUCGAAGGACAUCUUCCUGGCAGUGAAGACCACCAGGAAGUACCAUAAAUCCCGCCUGGAGCUGCUGCUGCAGACCUGGGUGUCCAGGGCCCGAGAACAGACCUUUAUAUUCACUGAUGGGGAGGACAAGGAGCUAAGGAAAACAGGAGCAAACAUCAUCAACACCAACUGUUCAGCAGCUCACACACGCCAGGCACUCUGCUGUAAGAUGUCGGUGGAGUACGACAAGUUCAUUGAGUCACAGAAAAAGUGGUUCUGUCACUUGGAUGACGAUAACUACGUAGUCCUCCCCAGUCUACUGGUCCUGCUGUCGUCAUAUCACCACAGCCAGGACGUGUACCUGGGCCGGCCCAGUCUGGACCACCCUAUAGAGGCUGCAGAGAGGGUCAAGGCUGAUGGAUCUGCGUCGGUGAAGUUCUGGUUUGCCACUGGGGGAGCUGGCUUCUGCAUCAGCCGGGGCCUGGCGCUGAAGAUGAGUCCGUGGGCCAGUCUGGGGAACUUCAUCAGCACGGCGGAGAGGAUCCGUCUCCCUGACGACUGCACGGUGGGCUACAUCAUCGAGGCUCUGCUGGAGGUGUCGCUGACCCACACGCGCCUGUUCCACUCCCACCUGGAGAACCUGACCCGCCUCCCCUCCAACACCCUGCUGCAGCAGGUCACUCUGAGCUAUGGAGGCUUUGAAAACCGAAGGAACGUGGUCAGCAUUGGAGGAGCCUUCCCUCUGGUUGAAGACCCUUCACGGUUUAAGACAGUCCACUGCCUCCUGUAUCCAGACACGGACUGGUGCCCCAGGAAGAAUCAACACCACUAAAGACCACCACUCUACCCCAGCAUCCACCAGUCUGAUUACCCUCCCGCCUUAAUAGUCACUCUGCACUCUCUAGCCAAAGUGACUUGCUGUUUUUUGUCUACAUUUAUGGACCCCUAUGCAUAAUGCUGCCAUCAACCAUCGCCACAAUGAUCCUUCUCACCACUUCCUGUUGUUAUUUUUUUUCUCUUCCAUGUCUGAAUUCCAACUGGUAAACUGUAUGUGUGUGUGUGUGUGUGUUUGAAUGAGUGCUGAGGUA